CAACUAUUUAUCACGAAACCGUUACACCCAUAAAAUUGAUAGAUUUCAAAUGUAUUACAUCGGAAAUACCGAUUGAAAUUCCAAACGAUGUGCAGAGAUGACGUGCGAAAAUACUACAAUCAUGUACUACCGUUGUAUCAGACAAGAUUAAUCCAACUUUGUGAAUUACGCUAUCGCGCCUGACACAAAGUUUCGCCAUUAGCCUUUGUGCUAUAAAAUAAUGAUAACCCUUGUCACGUGAAUGAUACGCAAGAUAAGUAAUAGAUAAAUUAACGUUAAAAUUAGUCAAGUAUUUAUCGUCGAGCAGAAAUGUCACAACACAAUAUUGGAUAUGUUCCCGAUGAAAUUCGCCCUAGUGCACCGCCAGAAUCUGCAGUUUACGAUGAGGUUUCUCGCGACUCAAGGGGAAAUUCAACACCUGUCGUUCCGCCCGUAUACAUGAAACAAACUAUUAUUACGGUGCAACCACACAAUCAGAACGGUACAAAUCGAGCACAAAGAGUCCCAGUUCCAGUCAACACAACCGAAUGGGUUUCGACGCCGCGAAGUCAACUGAAUCCGCUCAUCGGAACGGACUUUCUAAAUGGAAUCGAGCAGCUUGAAAUUCAACAGACAGUACAACUGAGCACUUUACUAGGUGAAACGAAGUCGGGAAAUCAAUAUAGAGUCAAAGUUCCCAGAGCCGAGACAAUAUUUCUAGCCACGGAAACAUCCACCGAAUGCCAACGCGAUAUCUUGGGUUCCUCCAGAGGUUUCAGUUUGACUUUGACAGAUCCCACGGGACAAGAUGCUUUCAAAUUUACAAAAAGUCCAGGCUGGGGUUGUGUACCUGGAUUUUUACACAAAAUGUUUGUCGAUUGCACGGAUCCGAUCGGAAGUAUAGAGCAGAACUUUACACUUCUUGGGCCUAGCUUUACGGUGUACAAUAAUGCACGGAACCCCCUGUGCAAAAUAUAUGGACCUAAUAUGUUUUGCUGUUGCAUAUCGAGAGAUACCCAAUUCCAGAUAGUAUCUGUCGAUGGAACACAUCAGAUUGCUUCGCUCAUACGCCAAUGGGAUCACAUACUACUAGAUUAUACGAUAACGUUGACUGUGCCAGCAGGUACAAAUGUGAACCUCAAAGGUUUGCUACUCGGAGCUGCAUUUUUGUUGGAAUAUUUGUAUUUUUCACGCUUGAAGAAAUCUUGAUACUGAUAACACAUAGCAAAACGGCUACUUACAAAUAAUAAGCCUUUCUGCAGUCAAAGAACAUUAAAGAGUGCAAGGGAACGACUCUUCUUAUACUGUCGAAUUACUUCAAAUUUUUUCCUUAUACAAUAUUAUAUGAAAUGUAUAAUGUAAAGCAAAUAAAUUUGAUUUGACCAUCCUCGAAACUUGAAAAAUGUCAACGAAUACAUUCACUUAUAUAUAAUACGAGCACAUAAUAACUUAAUAACUAGUACAAAGAAUGGUCACAGAACUUUGCAUGUUUGAUCUGAAAAAAAAUUCAUUCCUGUACAACCAGAGCACUCGUUUCAAAUUCCUUGUAGGGCUUGUAGGUAUCAGUCAAUGCCUAUUCGGAUUAACGAGUAUUUGAAUUUAAAAUCACUGUCAAGACCUGCAUCUGUUUUCAUGUUUCAUCAAUUUUAUUUUAUAGUUGAUUGAGAUAAACUCACGCAGUCUAUAACCGCAUAUUAUUUCAAUUUUGAAAUGUACGACGGUCAAAUAAACUUGGGCACA